UUUUUUCUCGAUUAUCAUUUAUGAUAUUUUUUCAAUAAUUCGGAACUUUUUUAUACACACAAACAGAAAAAAUCAUGCUAGCAUCUUAAUAUGCAUUUGCACUUUAUAUAACGGCAAGGCCGCUUUCGUUCUUAAUACGUAUAUAUUGAUGAUAAAAAAAAUAAUACUACGUAGAGACAAAUAAUGUCUUCCUUUUAUACAAGAACAUAAUUCCACAUUGACAAAAUAUUGAAAAUCUCUCAGAAAUAAGUUGUAUACUGUGGUAUUGCUGUAAGGAAUGGGCUUUGUGAUAAAAUCAGCUGCUAUUUAGUUAUUGUGAACAGUUAAUUACAAGAAGAAUUAUUGAAAACAAAUUCGUUUGGAAUCGCAUAUUUAUAACGUAGUAAAUUCAGUAGUUAACUUUAAAAGAACUAUGAAUAUCCUUCCAAAAAAAAGAUGGCACGUUCGAACAAAGGACAACAUUGCUCGAGUAAGGCGUGAUGAGGCCACAGCAAAAGAAGAGGAACAGAAACGUCAAGAAAAAUUAAUAUUAGCGGAAAGCGAAGCACGCAUAAACUUUUUGAGAAAAAAAUCUGGUGUACCCAUUUGUUCGAUUAACACGGAAGAAUCUUCAACAGAUAAUGAUCUUUCCACACCAAGUGGAAAUAAUAUUGUUAAUCAACAUGUUGAUUUAUUUUCUGAUUAUAAAUCACAUAUCAAAAAGACAAAUAAGGCAUUAGAAGAUGAAAAGAAAGAAGAACAAGAGAAAUAUGAAAAGCAAAUAGGGUACUUGACAUACUUGGGCCAGGAUACUAAUGAAGCCUUAAAAUUACGAAGCUGGUAUGAAGUAGCACCAAAACGAUCAGAGGUCGGUGAUAGUAACACCAUUGAAAAAGAUGUGAAAAAUAAACAGUCACAGGAUCCUUUGACGUUGAUUAAUGCUUUACUCCCUAAAGUUGAGCAAAAGAAAGUAGUCUGUGUAGAAAGUGACUUAAAACAACGUUCUCGUGAAGAUAUUUCUACACCGGAUACUUCUUCUCCAUCAAAGAAAAUAAGAAAGUAUGAAAGCAUAACAGAAAAAUUUAAAAACUCAAAACAGAAAAAGUCAAAGAAACACAAAAAACAUAAACAUAAAAAAGGAAAGGUUAAAAAGAAAAAGCGUUCUAAAUAUGAAGAUAACGAAAGUGAUACGGAAGAAAUACAGCGAAUUAAACAUGAAAAAUUAGAAAAACUGCGAAAGGAACGCCUAAUACGAGAGGCUAGUGAACGAGCACGACAAGAGGCAUUAUUAGCACCGAUAAAACCGGUACAAGAAUUUGAUAAUACUAAUAAUAUGCCUCAUCAACGAAUAGUACAAAAGUAUAACAGCCAGUUCAACCCGGAAAUAGCAAAGCAAAAUAUGAUUUAAUGAUCUUGUCCUUGCUUUAAUAAAAUUAAUCUAUCUAUAAAACAUACA